ACAGUCUGCAGUGAAAACGACAGAAGAAGACGAGCUGCGGGCGUGAUUGUGCUUUCUGGUCGAAAAAGGAAUUAAAACUUAAGUUUUGAAAAUGAGUCGCAGUUACAACGAUGAGCUGCAGUAUCUGGAUAAAAUUGAUAAGAACUGCUGGAGGAUUAAGAAAGGUUUCGUGCCGAAUAUGCAGGUUGAGGGAAUUUUCUAUGUAAAUGAUCCUCUGGAGAAACUGAUGUUUGAAGAGCUGAGAAACGCGUGUCGUGGUGGAGGAUUUGGUGGAUUUCUGCCUGCUAUGAAACAAAUAGGAAACGUUGCUGCCCUGCCAGGAAUUGUACAUAGGUCUAUUGGAUUACCUGACGUUCACUCUGGAUACGGGUUUGCCAUUGGAAACAUGGCUGCGUUUGACAUGGACAAUCCUGACUCUGUCGUCUCUCCUGGUGGUGUCGGGUUUGAUAUCAACUGUGGUGUGCGUCUGCUGCGGACAAACCUGGACGAGGGUGAUGUACAGCCGGUGAAAGAGCAGCUGGCACAGUCCAUGUUUGACCACAUUCCCGUCGGGGUCGGAUCCAAGGGCGUCAUUCCCAUGAGUGCAAAAGACCUGGAGGAGGCUCUGGAGAUGGGUGUGGACUGGUCUCUGAGGGAGGGAUACGCCUGGGCCGAGGACAAAGAACACUGUGAGGAAUACGGCAGAAUGCUGCAGGCCGAUCCAGCCAAAGUCUCAUCCAAAGCCAAGAAGAGAGGACUGCCACAGUUGGGAACUCUGGGUGCAGGAAAUCACUACGCUGAGAUUCAGGUGGUAGAUGAGAUCUAUAAUGACUAUGCAGCCAAGAAGAUGGGCAUCGAUCACAAGGGACAGGUGUGUGUGAUGAUCCACAGUGGCAGUCGAGGUCUCGGCCACCAGGUGGCGACAGAUGCUCUGGUUGCCAUGGAGAAGGCCAUGAAGCGAGAUAAGAUCACAGUAAAUGACCGUCAGCUGGCCUGCGCUCGCGCAAUGUCUACUGAAGGUCAGGACUAUCUGAAGGGGAUGGCCGCAGCGGGAAACUACGCCUGGGUCAACCGUUCAUCCAUGACCUUCCUCACUCGACAGGCCUUCUCCAAAGUGUUCAACACCACGCCAGAUGAUCUGGACAUGCACGUCAUCUACGACGUCUCGCACAACAUCGCCAAGGUUGAGGAGCACAUGAUGGACGGCAAACAGAAGACUCUUCUGGUGCACAGGAAGGGCUCGACACGAGCGUUUCCUCCUCAUCACCCACUCAUACCUGUCGACUAUCAGCUCACCGGUCAGCCAGUGUUGAUUGGAGGAACGAUGGGUACAUGUAGUUAUGUGUUGACAGGAACAGAACAGGGCAUGACCGAGACCUUCGGCACCACGUGUCAUGGAGCAGGUCGAGCGCUGUCCAGAGCCAAAUCCAGAAGAAACCUGGACUUUCAGGAUGUUCUCGAUAAACUGGCAGACAAGGGAAUCGCCAUCAGAGUGGCGUCACCCAAACUGGUGAUGGAGGAGGCACCAGAGUCCUACAAGAACGUCACAGACGUGGUCAACACGUGCCAUGACGCAGGUAUCAGUAAGAAGGCCGUCAAGCUCCGCCCCAUCGCUGUGAUUAAAGGUUAAACACGGAGGAACACGGCCUAACAGGACGACAGCGCAGGAAUGAGACAUCCUGAAACAAGCUGUCAGUCAAACAAAUACUAUCGAGUUCUUGAACACUCUGCACUUGUGAAGGUGAAAGGACUGUCAGAAGCAGUCGUGUGUUUUGGAUUUAUGGUAGAAGGGUUUGCACAGGUAAAAUCUAAUAACAGUAAUUUAUGUUGAAGAUGUGUUGAUAUGAAGUUAGUUGUGUUCGGCCAUUGAUGUGUGG